UGGAAACAAAUAGAUACAAUGUUUCAACCGCUGUAUGGAGUGAGUGUCCCAGAACUGUUAGAAAUAGUCUAUUUCUGACAGUUCUAUGACAUUCCCUCCAUACAGCGGUUGAAACCGCUAUAUGGAGUGAAUGUCCCAGAACUGUCAGAAAUAGACUAUUUAUGACAGUUCUGGGACAUUCACUCCAUACAGCGGUUCCAUUUUGUCACAGAACUGUCCUUCUUCAUCCUUCUCCUUCUUCUCAUCAUCCUUCUCCUUCUUCUCAUCCUUCUCCUUCUUCUCAUCCUUCCUCUCCUUCUCCUUCUUCUCAUCCUUCUCCUUCUUCUCAUCCUUCUCCUUCU